UCAAGCAGGGCGUAGCUUGCUAUCUUCAUCCAUGUCGUUUGGGGCAGGCAUGAAGUGCUUGCUCCUCCUGGCUGUCCGCUUGGGGUGCGCAGACUUGAGCCCCGUGAGCCAGGAGGAGAUCGACCGCAUGAGGGAGGAGGUCACUGUGCUGGAAGCCACAGUCCAGAAGAUCCUGGCGCAGCAGAAAGCGCUGGUGCAGGAGCACCGCAAAAUGACGGAGGAGCUGCAGGAGGCCUCAGCCACCAGCAUGGCGCAGCUGCAGAAGGCCCAGGACGGGCUGCAGGCGGAGCUGGGCACGGUGACCUCCAAGCUGUCUGGCUUCACCAAAGCAGUGGGGGCCAUCUCCGAGAGGGAAGAAGCCGCCGAGGCGCAGACGCAGAGAGACCUCGAGGAUGUGAACGCGCGAAUGCGUGAGGAAAAUGAGAAGGCGGAGCGGCUUUCCAAGGUCCUUGAGGAGAUCAACUCCACCAAGGCAGAGAAGGAGCACUUCGAAAAGAUGGCUGGCACAGUGAAAGCAGAGGUGCUGACCCACGAGGAGGCAUUGAGAGAAUGUAAGGAGGAGACGGCCCGGGCCUUUGACCUGGCUCGCGAGAAGACCACCGCCCGUCUGGACGCGGCGCGCAUGUCGAACACAGAGUGACUGCUUGGCCGUGGCUGCAACAAGCGGCGCGGGGGGGACA